CGGUGACCUGUCAUUUCCCGAUUGGUUAGCUCGUGAAAGACUUCGAAGAUUUGUCGUCGCGACCCUUGAAAGAGAACUCAUUUCUUCCCCGGAGAAAAGAAAAAAAAAUCAGCCAUGGCUUCGCCGUCAGAUCCCACUCAAGAUCCAGUUACAGACCCAGAAACCCUUCCACCGAACCCUAAUCUAACCCAGAAACCCACCGCCGAGAAAGGAAGUGAAACCCUAAUUCCAGAAUCAACGCAGAGAGAUCUCGAGGAGUCAGAUCAGCAACCAGAUCCAUCGAUCGAAGAAAGCAAGAACGAAGAGGACGAUGCAGACGCCACACAAGCCGUAAGCUCAUCUGUCUACCGACGCGGAGGCGGUGGAGGGGGGAAGCGGAAGAAAGGGCUUCUUAAGAAACGUAAGCAGCAAGAGAAGUCAAGGGAGAAGCUUGAGGUACUCUUGAAAACCCUAAAGCCCAUACCUUUCGUCCCCUGUAAAGCUUUAGACUUUGCUAGCCAUGAGAAGUUACUGAGGACGUUAGGGAUCUGGGAGUUUUUGCAUUUAGAGUUUGAUCAGAAUAUUCGUCAGGAUCUUGUAGCGAACCUUGUGGCUUAUUAUAGUCCAGAGAGUAGGUGUAGUUAUGUGAACGGGGCUAGGGUUAACGUGACCCGUGCUGAUUUGGCUCGAGCUUUGAAGUUGCCUAAGAAGAAAGAUAUUGUUAUUAGUGAUGAGGAGAGGGAAGUUCUGGAGACGGAUGAGUCUGCUAAGUUUGUUGAUGAGAUUAUAAAGACUUGGGUUCUGCUGCAUACUGAUGAUAUGUGGGUUAUGCCUGUAGAGGUGGUUGAAUGGGGAAAGGAUGUUAAGGAGAAGCAGUUGGAGAAGCUUGAUUGGGCUGCAUUGCUUUGGUUCAUGGUUGAGAAAGAGCUGAGAGCUGAUACUCCGCUUGGUGAUUGUUUCUUUGCUUCUCAUCUGCAGCUGUUGAUUAGAAGCCAGAAAGAGGAUUUACUAAAGGAAGAAUCUAAUGAUGAGGAGGAGGAUGAAGUUAAGGAGGUUGAGUUUAUGGUUAAGUCUCCGAAAGAAGAUUGUGUGGAGGUUAAGGAGGAAGAAAAUGUUGGUGCUGCUGAGUUAAGACGAGAUGAUUGUGAAAUUGAGUCAAAGGAAGAAGAUGUUGGUGCUGCUAAUUUAGGACGAGAUGAUUGUGCAACUGAGUCAAAGGAAGAAGAUGUUGGUGCUGCUGAUUUAGGACGAGAUGAUUGUGCAACUGAGUCAAAGGAAGAAGAGACUUAUGUGGAAGAACAUAUGAUUGAAUUGAAUCUUGGGCAAGAGACAGUGUCUGAAAUGGUAGCUGAGGAGCAGCAAGGUCCUGUUGAGGAACAGCCAAUGGAUGUUGAGGGAAACAAGAAAGAAGAGGAUGAAAAGUGGUCAUGGAAUGAAGACACACAGGCUGGUUCCUUCCUUCGCCGCUGUGAUCUUGGUAGUGGUAGAGAAGGAGAGGAAGAGAACAUAAUAGAAGAAGAACCCAUGGAAAUGGGAGAAGACGAACAGAUUGAAGAUCUUGAGGAAGAAGAGGAAGAUACAGAAAAGCAUGAAGGAGGUUUUCCCUUUUUCCCAAAUGGGGACUCUCUUCAUGGAGUUGACCAAGAGAAUCUCAUCUUAGGAGAUGCAUCUCCGUUACGUUAUGCCUCUGGGUUACAGAUGCAUGGCACCUCGACUGGUGGUCAUUUCCUUGCAUCUAGGGUUGACAUGCACAUGUCUAUGGGUUCAGGUAGUAAUAUUAACAACAAGAGGCAGAUUGAUGACGACAAUGAUAUGUCCUAUCAUCAUAACCCCCCUGACAGUAAGAGGUUGAGGACUGAUGAACCAUCUUGGGAUGAAAAACCGCCUCCGGUUGAGGUCUGCGUGGAACAGAUUGCGAUGUGGGCUGAAAAAGCUAGGAUGUCAUGUGCUCAAAAGGAGCGAGAGCGUGCACAGUCUGAGAUGAACCAGGAGUAUCUGAUGAGCGAGCUGCAAAGGAAAGAUGAAAUGAUUCAUAAUCUUGAAAGAAGCAAGUAUGAGGAGCAACAGAGAAAAGAUUUAAUGAUCUAUAGGCUUGAGAGUGAGCUUAGGAUGAUGACAAGUGUGUUAGCAGGAUAUAGGAAGGCUUUGAAAGAAACCAAAAAGGCAUCAGCUGAGCACAGGAAACGUUGCCCUUUGCGUGAUGAAAAACCUGUCUACAAGGAUGUUAAAGGCUCUGGAGGUUUAGUUCUGAGCAUUGCUGAAAUUGAAAAGCUGAGAUUGAAGCAAGAAGGGGAAGACAGGAUGACACGAGCUCGGAUAGAGAGACAAAUCGAGGAGUUUGGGAAUGACUGUCUUAGAGUAUUUGAAGAGCAAAUGGAUGCAGUAGAGUUGCUAAACGAGAGAUUGAUCGAGGUUGAAAAUGAAGUGAAGAUCUGUAGAGAAACACUUUCUGAAAGCAAGAAUGAACAGACUUCUGAAAUUGCUGCUGCUGCUGCUGCUACUGCUGCUGCUACUGCUACUGCUACAGAAGAGACAUGAGAUGCUCUUAAGGUUUCUGCAGAUCGGUGAAGCUUUUGGAGCUCAUUUGAACAGAUACCAUUUUAGUCUCGUUUUGUUUUUGAUGUAAACAAUGAUGAUCGAAUCUCUUUAAUUUUCGUUCUAGGAAAUGUAAUCAACGGUUGUGAUCUGUGAGUCUUAAUUAGCACUACAUAUUGUAUUAACAUUUAUUAGUCAUCUUUGAGACUAGUUAGCUAGUUUUAAUUUUAAACAACUUCAAAUCCGUUUAGACUUUAAAACAUCUGUCAGAUCCCUGGUAUUUUUUAGUGUGCGCCUGGUCUGUACGGUCGGUAGUAUACAUAUCUUGC